UUCCAGCACCCCCUCCCGUCAGCAAUAUAAGCGGAUCAGCGACAACAUCCCGUCUCUUCUGCGCCGAACGCAAUUCAUAGAUAGAAGCACAGUUGUCGCUGCUCCAGUGUCGUGUGAACUGAAGCGUCCGCCAUGGGCAAGGAAAAGCUACACAUCAACAUCGUGGUGAUCGGCCAUGUCGACUCGGGCAAGUCCACCACCACCGGGCACCUCAUCUACAAGUGUGGUGGAAUCGACAAGCGGACCAUCGAGAAGUUUGAGAAGGAGGCCGCUGAGAUGGGCAAGGGCUCCUUUAAGUACGCCUGGGUGCUGGACAAGCUGAAGGCAGAGAGGGAGCGUGGCAUCACCAUCGACAUCUCCCUCUGGAAGUUUGAGACCAGCAAAUACUACGUCACCAUCAUCGAUGCGCCCGGGCACAGGGACUUCAUCAAGAACAUGAUCACUGGCACCUCCCAGGCGGACUGCGCCGUGCUGAUCGUGGCGGCUGGCGUGGGCGAGUUCGAGGCCGGGAUCUCCAAGAACGGGCAGACCCGGGAGCACGCUCUGCUGGCCUACACGCUGGGCGUGAAGCAGCUCAUCGUGGGCGUCAACAAGAUGGACUCCACCGAGCCCAACUACAGCCAGAAGCGCUACGAGGAGAUCGUCAAGGAAGUCAGCACGUACAUCAAGAAGAUCGGCUACAACCCCGACACAGUGGCGUUCGUGCCCAUCUCCGGCUGGAAUGGUGACAACAUGCUGGAGGCCAGCCCCAACAUGACCUGGUUUAAGGGCUGGAAGAUCACGCGGAAGGAGGGCAACGCGUCAGGAACCACGCUGCUGGAAGCCCUGGACGCCAUUCAGCCCCCCUCCCGCCCCACCGACAAGCCCCUGCGCCUUCCCCUGCAGGACGUCUACAAGAUCGGAGGAAUCGGCACCGUGCCCGUGGGGCGCGUGGAGACGGGAAUGCUGAAGCCCGGCAUGGUGGUGACCUUUGCCCCUGUUAACGUGACGACCGAGGUGAAGUCAGUGGAGAUGCACCACGAGGCGCUGUCUGAGGCCCUGCCUGGGGACAACGUGGGCUUCAACGUCAAGAACGUCUCCGUCAAGGACAUCCGCCGAGGCAACGUGGCCGGGGACAGCAAGAACGACCCGCCCCAGGAGGCUGCCAACUUCACCGCCCAGGUGAUCAUCCUGAACCACCCUGGCCAGAUCAGCGCCGGCUACGCCCCAGUGCUGGACUGCCACACCGCCCACAUCGCCUGCAAGUUCGCCGAGCUGAAGGAAAAAAUCGACCGCCGCUCGGGCAAGAAGCUGGAGGACAACCCCAAGUCCCUGAAGUCCGGAGACGCCGCCAUCGUCGACAUGAUCCCCGGGAAGCCCAUGUGUGUGGAGAGUUUCUCCGAAUACCCCCCGCUGGGACGCUUUGCGGUGCGCGACAUGCGCCAAACGGUGGCGGUCGGCGUCAUCAAGGGCGUGGAGAAGAAAGCCGCCACCACCGGCAAGAUCACCAAGUCCGCCCAGAAAGCGCAGAAGGCCAAAUGAAUGCUGGGCAGCGCUGCCGACUCCAGGGUCACCCGUGGCAGAACGACGGUCUCACAAACCUUCUCUCCCAUCGGCCGCUUAAGCUCCAUAGUCAAAGACUGGUUAAUUAUUACAAUGCAUCGCAAAAGCAUAAGGAGGAAAAAAAAAA